CUCCCUCCUCUAUCUCUCUCUCCUCCUCCUUCGUUGUCUUUCUAAUGUAACUUCUGGAUGAUCGGGAAAGCAGGGAGCGUCUGGAGAGCCUGGUCCAGUGACUCCAUCUCUGCUGAAAGAUCCGUUCGCAAGGCAUUUCGCUCAUCAUAGCUGGACACGCGGACAGGAGGGGAUCCGUUUGUGGAAUAACGCCGCGCUUUCCUGUGGAUUUCGGUUCAGUUGAUUUUUUUAAAACCCUCCUGGAUGUUGGAGCGCAUCAGACCGCUCUGAGUGAAGCGGUCUUCUUGGAUUUUCAACGACUGACUGUUUAUUUUUAGUCUCACAUUAUUAGCAGUGUUGCACGUCGGCGAUCCAAUGAAGGCUGUUUCAAAGCAUCUAAUGUGACUAUCAUUUUUUCUGUUGUAAAAAAUAAUGUCGGAGUUUCUUUAAGAGAUUAAAAUCGCGAGGGUUAAAAUUUUCGUGGUUUUUUUGAAUAAAAAAAAUUUAAUUAAAGGAAAGUUGCUUGUGCAAAGUUUUGGAGUCUGUCGGAAUGGCUAUGGUAGCGUGGAGAACCACGGAGGGCGUCGGGGACUCCCAGGGGACUCUCUCCUCCCCGGUGUCCCAAGUGGCGCCUCUGUCUCUUCCCGGUGAACUGACGGGACACAUGAACUCAGCGGCCUCUCUGGAAAUACCCCAGGCAGCAACGGCUCAGGGAGCACCGCCGCCCAAUCUAUCCGGCGCCUCCGCCGCGUCCACUUCCACCACCACCUCCUCCACGAACAACAACAACAACAGCACCUCCUCUUCCUCCUCUUCGUCCUCCUCUUCCAUGGACAAACAGCAGAGCCAGCAGAUCGAGUGCAUCGUCUGCGGGGACAAAUCCAGCGGGAAGCACUACGGACAGUUCACAUGCGAGGGAUGUAAGAGCUUCUUCAAACGCAGCGUCAGGAGGAACCUGACGUACACCUGCAGGGCCAACAGGAACUGUCCCGUGGACCAGCACCACCGCAACCAGUGCCAGUACUGCCGCCUCAAGAAAUGCCUCAAAGUCGGCAUGAGGAGGGAAGCCGUGCAAAGGGGCAGGAUACCCACGCAGUCUUACCACGGCCAGUUCGCGCUGACGAACGGGGACCCUCUGCAGUGCCACUCCUACUUGUCCGGGUACAUCUCCCUGCUGCUGCGGGCCGAGCCCUACCCGACCUCCCGGUUCGGCUCCCAGUGCCUGCAGAACAACAGCAUCAUGGGGAUUGAGAACAUCUGCGAGCUGGCGGCUCGGAUGCUUUUCAGCGCCGUGGAGUGGGCCCGGAACAUCCCGUUCUUCCCGGACUUGCAGGCGCCGGACCAGGUGGCCCUCCUCCGCCUCACCUGGAGCGAGCUGUUCGUGCUGAACGCCGCUCAGUGCUCCAUGCCCGUCCACGUCGCCCCGCUGCUGGCCGCCGCGGGCCUCCACGCGUCCCCGAUGUCCGCCGACCGGGUGGUGGCCUUCAUGGAUCACAUCCGGGUCUUCCAGGAGCAGGUGGAGAAGCUGAAGGUGCUGCAGGUGGACUCAGCGGAGUACAGCUGCAUCAAGGCCGUCGUGCUGUUCACCACAGACGCCUGCGGCCUGUCGGACGUGGCCCACGUGGAGAGCCUCCAGGAGAAGUCCCAGUGCGCGCUGGAGGAGUACGUGAGGAGUCAGUACCCCAACCAGCCCAACCGGUUCGGGAAGCUGCUGCUCCGCCUGCCCUCGCUGCGCACCGUCUCCUCAUCGGUCAUCGAGCAGCUGUUCUUCGUGCGCCUGGUGGGGAAGACGCCCAUCGAGACGCUGAUAAGGGACAUGCUGCUGUCCGGCAGCAGCUUCAGCUGGCCGUACAUGCCCAUCCAGUAGGUGGAAGGCUUCAAGGUUGCAUCUCCAAUCGAGUGGUUUGGUUUUUGUUUUUGUUUUUUUCCCCCAUGAAACCCAAAAUUCUCUGCCAGAGGAAUGAGAUUAUUGAAGGUAAAAAACAAAUAAACAAACAAAAAAAAAUCACGCAAUUCUUCUAAGUAAUAUCAGCGGUCUGCCUUAUUUUACAAAAAGGGUCCUGAACAAAAUGAAGAACAGGAAAUGAUCUGAAAUCAAAGGCAGAAUAAAAAACAAGACACAAGUCGACUGCUUAUUUUGGACUGGUUUUUUUCUUUCCUUUUUUUUGUAAUUGUGAUGGUGUAUGGACGCUUUAACAAAACGGUAUUUAUUGGACCUGUGUGUAUAUUUAUCGUGCUUGUAAAUUAUGUUUCCGAUCCUUUUGCUUUUUAAAUGUUGCUUGUGUCGUUUUUUUGCCCACGGUCAGUGAGGAAACUGCAGGGAGCCUCUUGUAUGUAUUGGACUGUUUAUUUCUAAUUUUUUUUUUUUUAUUUGAUUUUCGUCUCUGUUCCUGAUUUCAUACCUUCCAGAAAAAAAAAGCACUUUGGACUCAGUGGAAAAUGGAAAUAUUUACAGCAUUUGUUUUGAACCUGACUCUCUCGGUUCCACACUGAAGCUCUGACUUGGUGGUUAAUUGUUUUGUCAUCUCCUGGUUAUGAAAUUGCUCUUCUUUUUUUUUAAAGAGAGAAAUUACUCUUUUUUUUUUUACUUUUACAAAAAUAUUCUCUUGUAAAAAAAGAAAAAAAGAAAAAGGAGUUGUCGAUACUUCUUGGCCAAAUUUCCUCAUUCUUCUUUUCACGACUGUGAAAAUAUGACUGUUUGCCUUCUGUGAUGAUAUCAGAAGCGGAUCAUUUCUUUUGGGUUUUAGCAGAUAAGUUCAGUUUGCUCCUGAGAUGCUGCGGCUGAGUGAGGCUGACUGUCAGGAAGCUGCCGGGUAUUUUUCUACUCUGAGGGGUUUACACUCAGACGCCAAAACCCCGUCACGUUUUUUUCACUCACACACACACAAAAAGAAAAAACAAACAAACAAUGGCACAAGGAGAUUAUUGAUGAUUACAUUACCAAAUAAUGUGUUUCCACUUUUUUAAAUUUUUUUAUUUUAAAUUUUGUUUGUCUUAGAGAUUUCUAAAGAGCAACAUCUUCCCGGGCCAAGAGACAAAUGGACUUGAUGGGAAUCAUGUGUUUACAUGAACCCAGGCCACUCACUUGCACAACCUGCUCCAUUCAAAGGGUACGAAUGUGUGUGUGUGUGUGUGUGUGUGGGCGUGUGUUUGUGGGUGUGUGUGUGUUCCCUUGUGUUUUUUUUCUUUUUUCUGACAACCACUCUGAUGUACUGUGAAAGUUAACAUAUUGGUACCUUAUUAAAUUAUAACUCAAGAUUUA